AUGCAAGCCCUUAAAAGAAGCUUUCCGCUUUUAUCUCGAACAUUGGUACCCAGGCCAUUUUAUCGUUUCAACUCUACGCAAACAGUCGCCCCUUUAAAUGCAUCAAAGUUGGUAAUUGAAAAAACAACCAGCCCCAAACCGAAACUUCCCAAAAAUGAGUUGGUUUUUGGUAAAACGUUUACGGACCAUAUGUUGGAGGUUGAGUGGGAUGCCGAGACUGGUUGGGGGGCACCCAAGAUUUCGCCAUAUCACAAUUUAUCACUUGAUCCAUCCACAAUUGUAUUUCAUUACGCUUUUGAAUUGUUCGAAGGUAUGAAGGCUUAUAGAGACCGCGAUGGUAAGAUAAGAACUUUUAGAGGCGACAAAAACAUGGCUAGGAUGAACAAGUCAGCGGAGAGAAUUGCUUUGCCGCAGUUUGAUGGAGAAGAAUUGCAAAAAUUGAUCGAUCAAUUGUUGAUUCUUGAUCAGGAUUUUGUACCUGAGGGAAAGGGUUACUCAUUGUACCUUAGACCUACUUUGAUUGGAACAACCGCGUCAUUAGGAGUCAGUACUCCAGAUAAAGCUUUAUUGUUUGUCAUUGCUUCGCCAGUUGGACCUUACUAUUCGAGUGGAUUCAAACCUGUCAACUUGGAGGCUACUGACUAUGCUGUAAGGGCAUGGCCAGGAGGUGUUGGGGACAAAAAAUUGGGAGCAAAUUACGCGCCAUGCGUCUUGCCACAAUUACAAGCUUCUAAAAGAGGCUUCCAUCAAAACUUGUGGUUAUUUGGAGAUGAGGGAUUCAUCACGGAAGUUGGAACUAUGAAUGCCUUUUUUGUAUUCCGAGACCCCGAUACAGGCAAAAAGGAGUUAACGACUGCUCCUCUCGAUGGAACAAUAUUGGAAGGAGUAACAAGAGACUCGAUUUUAGAGUUAGCCAGAACCAGAUUGCCCAAAGAUGAAUGGAUCGUUACUGAAAGGAAAUUUACAAUUCAUGAGGUGAAGAAAGCAGCCGAGAAUGGGAAUUUGGUGGAAGCAUUUGGUGCUGGUACCGCAGCUGUUGUUUCUCCCAUCAAAAAUAUUGGAUUCAAGGGAGAAGAUAUCCCCGUGCCUGUAUCCCUUGGAAAUUCGGGUGAAUUGACGGCUGAAGUAGCAGAAUGGAUCAGAAAGAUUCAAUACGGUGAAGAGGAAUACAAGAACUGGUCUAGAGUAGCUGAGUAG